AUGAGUGGCCCCAGAUUCUGUGGGGACAGUCCAGAUUCGCAAGCACAGGCAACUUAUCCAGCAGAUCAGACUUCGCCAGCAGAUCAGGGCUCGAUCAGUUCGCCUGCAGAUCAGAGUUUGGCGGCAGAUCAGAUUAGUGAUGUGCAGAUUCGGCAAGACUUUCAGCUCAAGACCAGCCAGCAAGCUGAGCUUAAUUUGGUGAUGCCCGUUUGCGCCACAGUCGGGGUGAAGUACGUGGACCCGGACCACAAAGUCCUAAAUGGGGGCUAUGUGGACAACGCUCAGCACUGCCAGGUAUCUUGUAGCCUUCUUCCGUUCUGCAAGACGUUUACCUUCUACCCCAAGACAAAGGCUUGCUGGUUGCUUGGCAGCUUGGCCUCUCCCCGCAAUGACUCAGCAGCCAUCAGCGGCCCCCAGGCCUGCAGUCAAUGGACUGGUCGGGAUGCCGAGGCAGCACAAUUCAUUAAGGAGAGCGUGAUGCAGGCAGCGAAGGUGUCUGGAGGCGCGCUGGAUGAAAUUGCAGCGGCUGCUCUCAAAGCAGCCCGCGAGUCAACGCUCGCGCCUGCGAAUCAGGUGGCGGAGGCUGCGCUGGCCUUUGGUGAAGCUAUUGCGACCUUGAUGCCAGAUAGCAGUAUCUCGGAGCAGGCGGCCGCAGCGGCGAAAGCUGCUCAAUCUGCUGCAUUGGGUGCUGGGAUGACAGCAGCAGAAACAGCUGAACUGGCCGUACAGGCGGCAGCCCACACCGCAGCUACCUAUGCCAAGUCAGCUGGCAUGGGCCUGCAGGAGCAGCUUUCGGCUACCCAAGAUGCUGCCAGCAAGGCAGCGGCCCAGAUGGGCAUGGACUCCCAAGAUCAAGCAGAAGCAGCAGUGGCGGCAGUCGCACAAGUAGCCGGGAGAGCUGCUUCCAAGGCAGGCAAGCCGGAGCAGGAGCAGCUCCGGGAAGUUGCAGCUGCUGCCAGUGCCACUGCAGCCGCGCUUGGCUUGGACAUUGCCCCUGAGAACACUGGCUCGGUGCCCAAGACGAACAAGGCCAUCAAGGCAGCUGCCUUUGCGACGUCACUGCCCAAAUGCGCGCUGAUGGGAGUUGUCUUCACAGACAAAGAUCAUUCGGACGUGAACGGUGGAUUCCCGCUGACCGCGAAUGAGUGCCAGACCAACUGCCACAAUGUAUGGUACUGCGAGGCAUUCAGCUACGACGUGCGCACCAAGGCAUGCUGGCUGCUGGGCAGCAACUCUGUGGCAACAGACGCAGGGCGCGACACGGUGAGCGGCCCUGGGCGCUGUGGUGAGCGGAUGGUUUUGAAGUUCGAUGACCAGAACGCCAAGAUGAAAACCUUGUGGGUGGUUGCCAAGCAGGCCAGCAGAGCAGCUUCAAAGGCUGGCAAGGGCUUGGCUGCCCAGUUUGCAGCAGCCGAAGAUGCCAUGAAGAUGAUUGGCACGGAUCUGCCGAGGGAUGAUGCAGUUCAGAUGGCUUCCAUAGCAGUGGCAGAAUGCGCGGCAUUCAAGCAAGAGGAGGCGGGACUCGCAGUCCAGGACCAGAUCGAUGCGGGGUCCCAGCGUGCUGCUGAAGCUGCUGCAGAAAAAGGAAUGACACAACAGGAGCAGUGGCAACAGGCUGUCACUUCGGCAGCAUCCCUGGCAUUGAAGCGAGUAUCGCUGAAAGAGAAGAGCAGGCUGGAGCAGGACGCGGCUGUGCAAACUGCUGCCCGGCAAGCGGCAGAUAGAUCCAACCUGCCAGAAGAUGUCAAAACAGCACAAGUAGCCGAGGCAGUGGACCAAGCCAACAAGUUCGUGGGCUGGAUGUUUUUGGAACCUGCUCUCGCAAAGGAGGUUUCAAAGCAAGGAGACGUGGCUCACAUUGGAGGUGCUGAAGGUGCUGAAGGACAAGCCGAGACCAAUGCGCGGGCAGCUGCUGCCCAACCAGCUCUACGGGAGCAACCAGUUUACACCUUCGGUGCACCAGCUGCCAAGCUGGGCAGCGCUCCCGCGGACCAAGAAGGAGGCAAUGCGCAGAGUUCGGGGCGGCUGCUUUGGUAUUUGAGCAUCGCGUGCUUUGUUUUAUUUGCCGUCCUGCUGGUGGUUAUCCCAGUGGCUGAUGUUAUUAAGACGAAAAGACGAACGAAACGCUCAGAGGGCCACCAUUCCAACAGGAGCUUCACCGACAGUGAGUCUGGGCUCCUCCUGGACAGCCAUGGCAUUGCACCCGGCGCUUCCAAACAGUCCCGACCCUUUUAG